AUGGAUGGGAAUAAUCAAUCCAGUGUCUCUGAAUUUUUCCUGCGAGGAAUAUCUGCAUCACCAGAACAACAACAGUUGCUUUUUGGAAUUUUCCUGAGUAUGUAUCUUGUCACCUUGUCUGGGAAUGGGCUCAUCAUCUUGGCCAUAGGCUCUGACCUGCACCUCCACACCCCCAUGUACUUCUUUUUGGCUAAUCUGUCUUUUGUUGAUAUGGGUUUAACAUCCUCCACAGUUACCAAGAUGCUGGUGAAUGUACAGCUUCAGCAUCAUACCAUCUCCUAUGCUGGCUGCCUCACCCAAAUGUAUUUCUUCCUGAUGUUUGGCGAUCUGGACAGCUUCUUCCUGGCUGUUAUGGCAUAUGACCGCUAUGUGGCUAUUUGCCGUCCUCUCUACUACUCUACAGCCAUGAGUCCCCGAAUCUGUGUCAUGUUGCUUGCAUUGUGCUGGGUCCUCACCAACAUUGUUGCCCUGACUCACACCCUGCUCAUGACUCAACUGUCUUUCUGUACUGUUGGGGAGAUUGCUCACUUUUUCUGUGACAUAACUCCAGUCCUGAAGCUGUCGUGUUCUGACACCCACAUCAAUGAGUUGAUGGUUUUUGCUUUAGGAGGAACAGUCCUCAUUGUCCCCUUUAUAUGCAUUGUCAUCUCCUAUAUCCACAUUGUAUCAGCAAUCCUGAGAAUGAGAACACCUGGCGGGGGUGGUAAGGCCUUUUCCACGUGCAGCUCCCAUCUCUGUGUGGUCUGUGUGUUCUAUGGCACCCUCUUCAGUGCCUACUUGUGUCCUCCCUCUGUUGCCUCUGAAGAGAAAGACAUUGCAGCGGCUGCGAUGUAUACUGUGGUAACUCCCAUGUUGAACCCCUUUAUCUAUAGCCUAAGGAACAAGGACAUGAAGGGGGCUCUCAAGAGGCUCCUCAGUCGAAGAGUUUUCAUCUCUUAG